UAGAAACUCAAACUUCAAAAGAUAAAUUUCCAUCUUUUUUUUUAUAAUCAUUUCUUGUUUUCGUGUUCAAUCUAAUAAAGGGUUUUGGGCUCUCAAGGGUUUUAAUCAGAUUGUUUGGUUCGUUAACUUAAAAGAAUCCAUUUCUUGACUUGUGAAUGAGAAAUGGAGACUAAAGGUGGUAAAAAGAAGUCUAGUAAUAGUAGUAGUAGGGACAGUCUUUUCUUCGAAGCUCCUCUUCGUUACAGCAUUGAAGACGUUAGACCAAACGGUGGAAUCAAGAAAUUCAGAUCUGCUGCUUACUCAAACAUCACUGGAAAACCAUCCUGAUAUUCCUCAAUACGUUUUCUUCUUAACCACUUACUAACUGUGGUUGAUCAAUGUUCGCGAUAAAUCUUCGUUUUUUCUUGUUUUGUUCUCUUUCAAAACUCAUUUUUCGAUAGUCUCUUCGCCUUUUGAAAAAUGGCGGUCUCUGCUACAGGUUUCGAAGGAUUUGAGAAAAGGCUCGAAAUCUCAUUCUUUGAGACUACUGACUUUCUUGAUCCCCAAGGAAAGAGUCUUCGUUCUCUUACCAAAUCCCAGUUAGAUGAGAUCUUGACUCCAGCAGAGUGCACAAUUGUUUCCUCUCUCACAAACUCUUUCGUUGACUCUUACGUGCUCUCUGAAUCUAGUCUCUUUGUUUAUCCUUACAAGAUCAUCAUCAAAACAUGCGGGACUACUAAGCUUCUCUUGUCGAUCCCGCAUAUCCUUAGGCUGGCUGAUUCACUUUGCCUCACUGUCAAAUCUGUUCGCUACACUCGUGGUAGCUUUAUUUUUCCGGGAGCUCAAUCUUACCCUCACCGUAGCUUCUCAGAGGAAGUUGCUUUACUUGAUGACUAUUUUGGUAAGCUCAAUGCAGGAAGCAAAGCUUUUGUGAUGGGAGGUUCAGAUAAUAACCCUCAGAGAUGGCAUGUUUACUCUGCUUCUUCUACUGAAGAAUCUGCGGUUUGCGAUAAACCCGUGUACACAUUGGAGAUGUGUAUGACUGGUCUAGACAAUAUAAAAGCUUCGGUGUUCUUUAAAACCAACUCUGUUUCAGCUUCUGAGAUGACUAUUAGCUCUGGGAUCAGAAACAUCCUUCCAGGCUCUGAAAUCUGUGAUUUUAACUUUGAACCGUGCGGUUACUCGAUGAAUUCGAUUGAAGGGGAUGCGGUUUCUACCAUCCAUGUGACCCCGGAAGAUGGUUUUAGCUAUGCAAGCUUUGAAACAGUUGGUUAUGAUCUAAAGGCUUUGAACUUUAAGGAGUUGGUGGAUAGGGUUCUGGUUUGUUUUGGACCGGAAGAAUUUUCUGUAGCGGUGCAUGCUAAUCUUGGAACCGAGGUAUUGGCGUCUGAUUGUGUAGCUGAUGUGAACGGAUACUUUAGCCAAGAGAGAGAACUAGAGGAGCUUGGACUUGGAGGUUCGGUUCUAUACCAGAGAUUUGUCAAGACUGUUGAAUGUUGCUCACCAAAAUCUACUCUUGGGUUCUGUUAGAAGAAGUGAUUAAAGAAGAAGAGUGAUCUAUUUCUGGAUUUAUAGUUUUUUUUUUUUGUAAAGAUCUUUUGUGUUUUGUUUUCGAAUAAGAAAGAACAUGUGAUGUUCUGAUGAAAGCAUUUCUUGUUUAUGUUCUCUGGUUGCUGCACCAUAAAUAUUUUAUGUUCUAUGCUUUGUUGUGUUUAAGCUUUGGAUAACUUUUAAUCUUGUGUGCUUAUAAAUUUUAAUCUUCUAU